ACAAAAAUAGAUACCAAAGAAUCUUCCCUCUUCUCUUCACUUUCAUUUUCCCAUUCUUUAAUUAUUACAUCAUUUAUCAUUUAUUAUAUAUAUAUAUAUAUAUUUUUUUUUUUAUAUUACUAUAACUAGAUCAAACAUACAGAGAAACAUAACAAAACGUUAACACAUAGGAAGAGGAGAUAGAGAAUGAGAGCAAUAAAUUCGCAUGUUGUCUUAAUUGAUCUUCACUGCACCUCAUGGCAAAGGAACAACAACCUUAACAAUAAACAACUGUUUUCUUCAUUUCAUCGUUCAUCAUCUUCAUCAAGAAGACUCAAUAAAGCGAUUCAAUCUUCCAAAUCAUCUUCUUCAGCUUCUCCUCAAAUCCGACGACCCUCCGAUCGUUACCCAAUCAGAAAUGGAUCCUCACCGUCGAAUUUGCAACCCGAAACCACCGCAGAGCUUGAUAUGUUUCUGGAACUUCUUCCUUUGGAGAUGAGGAUGGAAUUGUAUCGUCACCAAGAGAUUGGUGGACUCAUUGAAGUUGUUAUGGAUUUAGGUAGAAAGCCUCUUGCUAGAUUCCCUUCUGGUGAUUGGGUCAUUUCUCAACGACCCAUUAACCAUGAUGAUUUACGCCACGCCAUUUCUAAGGUUGGUGAGUUUUCAGAUGACAACCGAUCUGGUAUUGAUAGCUCUUUGCAUCGUAUAAGUGCAAUUCGGAACCGUCAGAUGCAAAUUAUUGGCCUUACUUGUCGUGUUGGUCGAGCGGUGAGUGGCAGUGCUAAAAUUAUACAUGAUCUGGUUGAGGGAGGAGGUUCUAUAUUGGUCAUUGGACCUCCUGGUGUUGGUAAAACUACCUUAAUCAGAGAGACUGCUAGGAUGCUGGCAGAUGAGUUCCUGAAGCGCGUAGUAAUAGUGGAUACAUCCAAUGAAAUUGGAGGUGACGGAGAUGUUCCUCAUGCAGGCAUAGGCAGGGCGAGGAGGAUGCAAGUUCCAAAUGUUAAUAUGCAGCAUAGUAUUAUGAUUGAAGCAGUUGAAAAUCAUAUGCCUGAAACCAUUAUAAUUGAUGAAAUUGGAACAGAACUUGAAGCAUUAGCAGCAAGUACCAUUGCUCAAAGAGGAGUUCAAUUGGUUGGAACGGCACAUGGAACAACCAUUGAAAGCAUAAUGAAGAAUCCUUAUCUUCAGAUCCUUGUUGGUGGUAUAGAGAGUGUAACUCUCGGGGAUGAGGAAGCCAGGAAAAGGAAAGUGCAAAAGACAAUUCUAGAAAGGAAAGGACCACCUACAUUUACAUGUGCUGUUGAGAUGAUAUCCAAAACUGAAUGUCGUGUUCAUCAUAGGUUAGAUGCAACUGUGGAUGCUCUUUUGGCAGGAAAACCUCCAGUAUUUGAAGUCCGUCAUUGGGAUGAUUUUUCCAAUGAUUUGGUGAAGCAUGCUCCAAUACCUGAGAUAAGCCAUGAAGAAACAUCGGAUUUAAAUUUAACUAACACUAAUAUCACAAGUUCUGACAGAGAGUAUGACGAGGAUGAUACAUACUACUAUCCCACUCGAUCCAUGAAAUGGAGUGAUAAUAGUGGAUCUGUGAUCAAGAGGAGUUCACCAAUGCAAGUGUACACCUGCAAGAUUCUUGAAGCUGAUCUAGUACAAGUAGCAAAAGUGAUGGGGUUUGAAGAUUUAAUAGAAGUAACUGAUGACAUUGGAACUGCUGAUGCAAUUCUUGCAUCCGGUUCUGAGUUACGACAGAAUUCAUGGAUCCGUGGUGUUGCGAAAUUCCACCAGUUACCUGUAUUUGUUCUCAAGUCCAAUACCAUGGCAAAAAUGGUAAAGGCAGUAAAAAUGAUCCUCGGGCUAGAACCCUUUGGCUCCACGAUGAAGAAGCCAUCAAAUGACUCUCCAGAUAUUGAAAUUGACGAUGACGAACCAAAGCACAAACCAUCGCUGGAAGAGAUUGACGCCUUAGAGGAGGUUCGGCUAGCGAUAGAGUACAUAGUGAUUCCUGGUGGAGAGGCUGUGGAACUUCUUCCAAGACGUUCUGAAAUUAUUGACCGGCAGAUUGAACUUGUGCAAAGCUAUCAGUUGGCUGCUGAAAAGUCAGGUACAGAUCAAAACACCAGGUUGCAGAUUCUUCCCUUGAGGCUAAGUACCAAAAGAUCCUCCAAGUCUAGUUCUGUUUCCCGCAAGAAAAGAAGUUCUACCUCAGAAAAAUCUGCUGGUAGUGAUGGCGGCAAUGGUACCACUGUCACUAGGCUUCCUAUUUUACCUGAAUGAUUCAAAAUUUUCUCCCAUCCUAACAUAUUUCCCUUCAUUGGUUUGUACAUGUAUGUAUGUAAUAACAUGUACAGUCGUGUAUGUGGUGUAAAACUGUAAAUAAUUUAUUUAUAGUAUUUUGUUCAUCCACAGAAAAUACAAAGAUUUCAUUCCUGGAAUGUAGUUCGAUAUUUAAUUUUUUAUAAA